GGCUCGGGCACGGGCUCCGGCCGCCGCUCUCCCCCCGCCCCCCGCCCCGGGGCCAGCAUGUGGGAGCCUGCGGACUUCGAGCGCCACUGGAGGGCCGAGUUCCCCGGGGAACCGGUGCCCGCCAUGCAACUGGACUCGGUGCCGGCCAUGCAGGAGGAGCUGGAGCGCUGCAAGCUCAACCUGAAACGGCUGCAACAGGUGCUGGCCGAAGAGAAGUUCAAAGUCAUCUACCUGCAGACGGCCCUGGCCCGGGAGAAGCGGGGCUACGACUGCGGCCGCUGGGGGGGCUGCGGCGGCGAGGACGACGGCGGCUCCGGCUCCGGCUCCGGCUCCGGUUCCGGCCCCGGCCCCGGCGGGGAGGAUGAGAAGGAGGAGCCGGCGCUGGACCGGCCGGAGCAGCCCCUGGUGGGGCCCACCGCGGCGGACAGCGGCCCAGGCGGUCCCAGCGUAGCCCCCCCGGCCAAAUCUCCCCACUAUGUCAACCUGGCGUUUCCUGCGUGGCGGGGGGCGCCCGGGGAAGGGGGCGCCGUGCGGAGCUUGACCGCCGCCAUCCACCAGCAGCUGCUCUUGAGGCCCCUGGAGGAGCACACGCCCGAGCCGGAGCGCGCCCCUAGGGAUGCCCAGUCGCACGAGGAGCCCGCGCAGCAGUCCCCGGACCCGGCCGCCGCGGCCCCCGGCGCCAGCCUGGAGGAAGGCGAGGAGCUGUCCCCAGCGGCACCCGAGGACGCCGAGUCCGAGGCCCUGGGCGCCGCCGACGAGGGCGGGGACAGCAGCGACCACGACUUCGAAGUGGUGGAUCUUAACGAGAAAUUCGUCCUGGGGCACCUGCUCCUGGCACCUUGCCGCUUCCUGCCCCGAGAGGACGCGCCUGAGAAGUCCCCCCGGGCGGGCAGCCCCCACCGUUGGCUGCACCUGAUAGGGGGCAAACGGCACCGGCGCAGCCGGGACCUGGACCAGCUGGAGGCGGAAGGCAAGGACGGGCGGUGCUCGCCCCUGCCCCCGGAGGAACCCCACUCCCGCGGGGCCCGGGAGCAUCUCCCGCCCUGGAGGCGCAAGAGAUUCUUGGGGGUGCCAGGCCGAGACUCGCCAGGCCAUAGCUCCCCGGAGAGGGGCAGCGACUGCAGCUACAACAGCUCAGACCACGAGGAUGUCUCCUCUGCAGACUUCAGCUACGGAGCCGACGACUACGACGGGGAGGGGAAUGAGGAGCAGAAGGUGCCACCCGAGGGCUCGGAGACCAUGCCGUACAUCGAUGAGUCGCCCACUAUGUCCCCUCAGCUCAGCGCCCGAAGCCAGGGGGGUGGGGAUGGCAUCUUGCCCACCCCCCCAGAAGGUUUGGGACCUGUGGUGGAGGCGGGGAAAGGGCUGGAAAUGAGGAAGCUCGUUCUCUCAGGAUUCCUAGCCAGUGAAGAGAUCUAUAUCAACCAGCUGGAAGCAUUGCUGCUGCCCAUGAAGCCCCUCAAGGCCACGGCCACCACCUCCCAGCCUGUGCUCACCAUCCAGCAGAUCGAGACCAUUUUCUACAAGAUCCAGGACAUCUAUGAGAUCCACAAGGAGUUCUACGACAACCUCUGCCCCAAGGUGCAGCAGUGGGACAGCGAGGUCACCUUGGGCCACCUCUUCCAGAAGCUGGCCAGCCAGCUUGGCGUGUACAAAGCCUUUGUGGAUAACUAUAAAAUCGCUUUGGAGACGGCUGAGAAGUGUAGCCAGUCCAACAACCAGUUCCAGAAGAUCUCCGAGGAACUCAAAGUCAAAGCCCCCAAGGACUCCAAGGACAGCCACACGUCCAUCACCAUGGAAGCACUGCUUUACAAGCCCAUCGACCGUGUCACGCGGAGCACCCUCGUCCUCCAUGACCUCCUCAAGCACACCCCAGUGGACCAUCCUGACUACCCAUUACUCCAGGAUGCCCUGCGCAUCUCCCAAAACUUCCUGUCCAGCAUCAAUGAGGAUAUUGACCCCCGCCGGACCGCAGUCACUACCCCCAAGGGAGAGACCCGGCAGCUGGUAAAGGAUGGGUUCCUUGUGGAGAUGGCUGAGAGUUCGAGGAAGCUUCGACACGUCUUCCUCUUCACGGACGUCCUGCUCUGUGCCAAGCUGAAGAAGACAUCUGUGGGGAAACACCAGCAGUAUGACUGCAAGUGGUACAUCCCGCUGGCAGAUCUGGUUUUCCCGUCUCCAGAGGAGUCAGAACCCAGCCCCCAAGUGCACCUCUUCCCAGACCAUGAACUAGAGGACAUGAAGAUGAAGAUCUCUGCCCUCAAGAGUGAAAUCCAGAAGGAGAGAGCCAGCAAAGGUCAGAGUCGAGCUAUUGAGAGGUUAAAGAAGAAAAUGUUUGAGAAUGAGUUCUUACUGCUGCUGAAUUCUCCAACCAUCCCCUUCCGGAUCCACAAUCGCAAUGGAAAGAGUUACCUGUUCCUCCUGUCUUCAGACUACGAGAGGUCGGAGUGGAGAGAAGCCAUUCAGAAACUGCAGAAGAAAGAUCUCCAGGCCUUUGUCUUGAGUUCAGUGGAACUCCAAGUACUCACAGGAUCCUGUUUUAAAUUGCGAACUGUCCAUAAUAUUCCUGUUACCAGCAAUAAAGAUGAUGAUGAGGCCCCAGGACUCUAUGGCUUCCUGCACGUCAUCGUCCACUCUGCCAAGGGGUUUAAGCAGUCAGCCAACUUGUACUGUACGUUAGAGGUGGACUCAUUCGGCUAUUUUGUCAGCAAAGCAAAGACCAGGGUAUUUCGGGACACAACGGAACCCCAGUGGAAUGAGGAGUUUGAGAUUGAGCUGGAGGGCUCUCAGUCUCUUCGGAUCCUCUGCUACGAGAAAUGCUACGAUAAGACCAAGGUCAACAAAGAUAACAAUGAGAUCGUGGACAAGAUCAUGGGCAAAGGACAGAUCCAGCUGGACCCGCAGACCGUACAGACAAAGAACUGGCACAUGGAUGUGAUCGAGAUGAACGGGAUCAAGGUGGAGUUCUCCAUGAAAUUCACCAGCCGGGACAUGAGCCUGAAGAGAACCCCAUCUAAAAAGCAGACAGGAGUGUUUGGAGUGAAGAUCAGCGUUGUGACAAAGCGAGAGCGCUCCAAGGUACCCUACAUCGUCCGGCAAUGUGUGGAGGAGGUCGAGAAAAGAGGCAUUGAGGAAAUCGGAAUCUACCGGAUUUCGGGGGUGGCCACUGACAUCCAGGCGCUGAAGGCUGUCUUUGAUGCCAACAAUAAGGAUGUGCUGGUGAUGUUAAGUGACAUGGACGUCAAUGCCAUUGCGGGGACCUUGAAACUGUACUUCCGGGAGCUCCCGGAGCCCCUCCUCACAGACAGACUCUAUCCAGCCUUCAUGGAGGGCAUCGCCCUCUCAGAUCCUGCUGCCAAGGAAAACUGUAUGAUGCACCUUCUCCGAACUCUUCCUGAUCCCAACCUCAUCACUUUCCUCUUCUUGCUAGAACACUUGAAAAGGGUUGCUGAAAAGGAGCCCAUCAACAAAAUGUCCCUUCACAAUCUGGCCACUGUGUUUGGCCCGACAUUACUAAGACCCUCUGAGGUGGAGAGCAAAGGACACCUGACCUCGGCCUCAGACAUCUGGUCUCAUGACGUCAUGGCACAGGUCCAGGUCCUUCUAUAUUAUCUGCAGCACCCUCCCAUCUCCUUUGCGGAACUAAAACGGAACACACUGUACUUCUCCACGGACGUUUAGCACAGGCACGGGUGGCGCGGGGUCCACCACGGGGGCACCAGUCCCUCCUGGCUUGGCCCUGGGGUUCAGCACAGACUUGAAAAACCAAUCGACUGACCACCCCACAAAACCAGAUGGAGCAGACCAGACAAGGGAAACGGAUUUCUGAGAACUGGAAUGUGCGCGUCUCCUGUGCAGCCUUGUACAAAGCUGGCCUCGUCCUUCCCCCGGACCUGUUGCCCCGCUGUACUCCAUCCCCGCCCCUCUGUAUUUCUGCUCAUGUCUGAUGCCCCAUGGUGUUCAGGAAUCGUCCAGUGUAUAUUUGUCAUGAGGAAAAGGUAGUGGCCGACUCAGGCUGGGGGCCCAGACGGCCUGCUCUGUGCUUCUCUUUCCUCCGGCAUUUUCAUUCCUUCCGAGUCUAAAUGCAGAGGUUUUUCGUUUGCUCUGUGUGACUUCUGCCAAGCUGCCCUCUCCUGACACUGCUCCCAGAAGCCCCGCCUCUUCGCUUCCUCCACCGACUCCCACCCCUCUUCCCUGCAUGUGAAGCCUCAGCCCAGGUCCGCCGUCUGGGAGAGCUCUUCGAGGUGCUGUGUCCUACUUUGCCUCGAUGCCGGUGAGGAUGCCGGAUCCUGAGAUGGGGCUGCGCUGACCCCCAGGCUCUGAGCAAGGACCCAGGGACAACUUGGGAGCUGCUGUUUGGGCAUCUCUCUUCCUGGGAGUGUCCUUCCUUGUUUCCUUUCUCUGCUUUAUAACCCCAUCUCUAGGAGAGAUUUAUCACCUGGUUUUUCUUCCUCUGCUUUUCAGUUCCUUCCUCCCUGGUAUUCUAUUUCCUUUGCGUGCAGAGACUCAUGGCGGGUCACCCACUGUCCAGCUAGAGGGCUUGGGGGAACUCUUCAUUCACAAGGGUGUAUGUGAUCUUGGCCCUGUCAUUUCCCCUGUGAUCCUCAGUUUCAUCAUCUGCCAAAUAUAGGUCUUGGACUAGAAGACCUUGAGGCUCCUUCCUAUCCUCUAAAUCUCUGAUGCCAGGGAAACACAAGAGUUUGGGCCACUUCUCAUUUUGUGUUCACAGGUUGGAGAGCGAGAGGUACCAAGGGUAGCCCUGGGGUCCCUAAGGGGAGGGGUGGGAGGUGGAGCAGAGAAGGCAGCUCUGUGAGCAGGGACUGUUGUCCUGCUGGGGUCUGUCUCCCCUGGGGACAAAUAGGACUGGCCCAGGUACCCAGAAAAGGAGAAAGCCUUCAGCGGGCAGUAGAACCCAGCUCUUGGCACCUCUUACCUCUUACCUUUGCCUUAGACCUGGGUGCCCUGCAGCCAGGCACUGCCAGAGUAGCCCCUUAUGCCCUCAGGGAGAUCAAGUAGGCUCUCUGAAAUCCCCUCCUCCCCCGCCCCAGCCAGCAGGGCGGGGUAGGUCAGCUACAGCACUGACCCCCUCUCCUGCCUUGCCAGAGCAUGUGGGGUAGGAACAGCUGGAGGCCUGGGCAAUAUGGUUAGUCAGCCUCCAUGGUGCUGUUCAUUCAGAUCCCAUUUCUCCUGGCUGCCUGGCUUCUGGCAGUGACCUUCUCACCCAGCUACAGGAAGGGGGUUGGAAGAAGGGAGCGAUCUGGCCUCUUUGAGGACUGCUCUUCAGAUGGGCCGACACACACCUGGUUCUGGCAAGGGCCCGAUUGGCACCACCUAGCCAAACACUGGCAGCUCCACAGUAUGACUUAUGGGGAGCAAGCUGGAUUCUCACUCACCUGAGACCAGCUACCUAGUGCUGGGGAGAGGAGGGAAAUCCCCAUGUCUGUACCCCUGGGUACAGCCCAUUGAGUUUUCCAUCCACACAAUGACAUGAUAGAGUUAACUUGUACAAAGGCGGGGCUCCCUGUGUUGGAGCACAUUUGGAAGAAGACUGCCAUCAGUUUAUUCCUGGUUUCUUGGAAGUCUUGCCUGGCUGGUGCUCAGGGCCAAAUUUUGAACAAGGGCACACCGAAGAUGCAGCCCGUUCAGUGAGAAGCAGUUCCCUCUGUGGUCCUUUCUCUCCCUUGCCCAGGAGCUGGAUAUGGCCACGCUCUGGCAAUGUCAGGGAAAGGAAAAGGGUGAUGGGAGAGGGGACCCACUGGCAGCAGAGGUACUAGAAUACCAGAUGAAGAGGAAAAUCCCCAAGUCCAAAGGCCCCAGCUGCCCAGUAGCCUUGGCAUGCCAAAGUUAGCCUCCUGUAUCAUGGACCCUUUCUUUGGCUUCCAAAUCAAGUCCCAGGGCUGGAGAGAAAGCUUGACUGGGGCUGGCAGCAGCUGAAGAGGAGUGCUCUCACCCAAGGCCCCCCGCCCUCCCCCCCAAGAAGCCAGUGGGAAAAGAGAAGCGGCUUCUGGCUUCUUAGGGGGUCAGCUGCUGCCACCUGGAGACAAGAAAGCAAGAGAAAAGAGUCUAAGGAGAAGGUAAAAGAAUAAAAAUAUUUAUGUAUCUACAAGUCCACAAUGGGAAGAAAGGAUAGGUACUAAGCCAGGACAAAGCUGUACGAGAGGGAGAUCCUUUGGUUUCUCAAGUUAGGGACUGCUCAGCCCAGGCCCCACCCAUAGUAGCCUGCUGUGUGGCACAGGCAGUGUUAACAACAGGGGCCCAGAAAACAGGCUGCAGGUACCCUCCCUGGCUCCAUGUCGCCUUGCCCACUUCCAUGCAGGGGCCUGGAAGAUCUGGAGAGUUUUGCGCAUACAGGUAGGAUAGGACUGUUCAUUAAUAAUUUGACUUUAAUAAGUUCGUAAGGAUAUAUUUUUUUGUCUGUGUUGUUUCAAUUAUGUAGAUUAUUAUAAAUGGAUGUAAACCAUGUGAGAGGAAAAUGUUAAUAAAAAUGCAAAGCCCCAACAUUUGCACAAAACAGC